AUGCCCCAGUCGUCGACUUCCACAACGCAUAUGCACGUUACGAAGUUAGCCUGCCAAAUUGAAAAGACGCUUCCGCACACACGCGCGAUUAGUGGCGGCGCGUCGCUGAAACGGUCCGGGUUAUACUACGGCAGACCGACGAAGGUGCGAACCUUUAUUUUCUCAGUGCGCAUCGGGCUUUCGGGAGGGGCGGUCGUUUCGUUCGACGGUUCCCCGAGUUUCGCCCGAUCUGCGCCGCGAACUUUCGACGGCCGCGACAGUAUGUACAGGAUAGCUAUG